UCGCUCGUCAUGGCUGCCUGUGGGGAGAAGCGUGGUGUCGCCUAGCGUUCAAGCGCUAUAUAUAGCGUGUGGGCGAGAGUACCAGCUCUGAGGAUGUUUCUGUGGCCAAGGUGUAAGGCAGUCAAGAAGGAAAAAAAAAAAAAAAAAAACAAAGCAAAAAGAUCCCCAUUAUUGUGAGGAACGCUGUCAGCUGAAACACUGCCCCCCGCCAGCCCUUGCCAUUGCCUAGCCUCGCUGUAACAACGCAAUACCUGUCACAGUCGCUGUAAGCCUCUCACCACCAAAACCCUUAACUGCACCCCGCUGAAAAGGUCAGCCCUGCAGCCUCAGAAGAAUAAAAUGAAGAAUAAAGCUUACAGAAGAAGCCUGCAGAAGAAGCUGCAGUUGCAUACAGUACAUUUCUGGUCUGCUGAAGUACUUCCUCUGAUCCUGGGUAUGAUAAAGGGUAAUGCUAUUAGAUGCAAGUUAAAUAGAAGAAGGUACAAUGUUACAUAGAUUGCCCUACUGCAAGUAGCAGAACCAAUGACAACUUUACUCAGUCACUGUAAGAGAAGGAAUAGUUGUAAGAUGGAGCUGUCGAGACUUGCUUUUGCUGUUUGGAUGUUUAUUUGCCUCUGUAGACCUCUGGAUGGUUAUCCAAACGGAAAAAUAAGAGAAGUCUGCAGUAGCAUGAUGCCUCAUCAUGGUAGCUCUCCCCAGCUGUCACCUGAGCACAUUAUUACAGUAAAUGGGACUGAAUUUAAACCAGGGGACAAAAUAGAAGUUAAUCUGUCUGGGCCGGAUUUUGAAGGAUUUUUCAUACAGGCGCGAGAUGCAGAACACUUGGAUAGCCCUGCAGUUGGUUCUUUUAUGUUAGUUGACCAGAGACUUUCUCAGCUUCUGACGUGUGGCCAUACAAAGAACUCAGCGGUCAGUCACACAAGUAAAGCAAAGAAGAAAUACGUGAAAGUUUAUUGGAUUGCUCCUGGAGAUGCACCAAAACAUGUACAGUUUCUAGCCACAGUUGUGAAGAAGUACAAGACUUUCUGGGUAAAGAUUCCUGGUGCCAUUGUUUCUCAGCCUAAUGCACCAUCGCCAACAACAUCCUUGCACAGAACAUCAGAGACUGUAUCAACUUCACAUCCAAUUUCUUACUUAACAAAGCCAUUUAAUGCAUCAGGCUGUGGAAAUACGAAGUUCUGCAUUAGGAAUCCUUCAAGCUGUGAUCCUGAAAGUGCUUCCUGUUUUUUCUUAUCCUUUCAACGAGAGAGGAGCUCAGUACUCAUUGAGAUGAGUGGUCCCAGUGAAGGAUACUUAGCAUUUGCAUUGUCCCAUGACCAGUGGAUGGGCGGUGAUAAUGCAUAUCUAUGUGUUAAUGAGGACCACCGCGUUAGCAUAAGCAGUGCCUACCUGAAGGGACGAAGUCCGCCUGUUUUGGAUUCAGAGAAUGCACUUGAAGAUGUGUCCUGGAGACUUGCAAAUGGUGUUCUUCAAUGUUCUUUCAGAAGGAAUAUUCAUUUUACUCCUUAUAAAGGGAGGUUUAGUCUGGAUGCCAGUUACUACAUCUUUCUAGCAGAUGGGGAGGCUAGUGAAGGGGGACUAAUAUACAAACAUCAUCGUCAGCCUCUGAUCACCAGUGGAAUGUACAAUAUCACAGGACUCCCACAGGAUAUUGGAGGUUCCCGCUCACCCCAACUUAUCAAGGCUCAUGGUGCUCUGAUGUUUGUUGCCUGGGUUACUACAGUUAGCAUUGGUGUUAUUGUUGCACGAUUCUUCAAACCUGUCUGGUCUCAUUCACUCCUGUUUGGAAAGGAGAUAUGGUUUCAGGUGCAUCGUAUGCUUAUGUUAACCACAGUCAUGUGCACAAGCAUUUCUUUUGUUUUGCCUUUUAUAUACCGAGGAGGUUGGUGCAAACAAGCAGGUUUUCAUCCAUAUCUCGGCUGUACUGUGAUGGCCCUGGCAAUUUUUCAGGCUCUUAUGGCAGGUUUCAGACCAUCUCCACAUGCACCGAGGAGGCAGUUGUUUAACUGGUUUCACUGGAGCACUGGUACAACAGCUAGAAUACUAGCUGUUGUGACUAUGUUCUUGGGAAUGGAUCUACCAGCGCUUGACCUACCAGACCCGUGGGACACCUAUACGAUGAUUGGUUUUGUAGCUUGGCACGUUGGGAUCGAUGUUCUUCUGGAAAUACACAGCUACUGUCUCAUACGUAAAGUUGAAGUGAUAGAGGAUGACAGAGUACAGAUAUUGCAGUCACUCACAUCUGCAGAAGCAGAGGGUCAUCUGUUUAAACGGAUUGUGUUAACCAUCUAUGUUUGUGGAAAUAUAGUGUUCCUCAUUGCCUUCCUGGUAGCAAUCAACCAAAUCUGAAAUAAGUCCAUCCAUGAAAGUCACUGAGAGUUUUUGCAAUGAAAUAUUAUGCAACUGAAAAACAAGGAAUUCUUUACGUUACAACUUCUCCUCCGCACUUCCCUGAAGUCUGGACUCUAAAUGCACGUAGGCACAUAGAUGGAAGAAGAGGAGAACAACUCUGAAAAGUGGCAUUCUUUGAAACGUGACCAUAAGGAGGAUGGAGGUGUGCAUUAAAGAAAAAGCCUUAGAAGCUGAGAUUCUGAAUUGGAGGCUGCCCUGCAGCAGAAGUAGCUGAAUUAGGAAAUUCAUCAGUGCUUUUUCUCACUGCUGAUGGCCACCAGCUAAUCUGCUGGGAUUAGCAUCACUGCCACCCUGGAAGAAAAAUCAAGGACACUGAGAAUGAAAUGCAGAUCAAAGUUCCCUGGAGGAUACUAGACUGAGAGGGAAAGGCAGCCUAGCAAGCACUCACGUGUGUUGAGGAACCUUCUCCCAGAAAGGAAGUGAUAGAGGCUGACCUUCUGAUGUCACCUUUAUUCAGGUCUUCAGAAACAAGAAAGAUGACAAAUGUGGUUGCUUAGGAGAUGGAAAACACACAACUAUGAAUAUUUCAUUCUCUGACUGGGUCAUUCAAUUUUUGGUCAUAAUGCUUAAAGCACUUGACUGGAGUCAAAGGACAUGGAAAACUCAACCAUCCCCACUAAGCAUUGCAACAAGAUCUCUUCAAUGAGUCUUUUCAGAUGCUGAAAUUCUGCAGAGAGCAAGAUCUCUGCCACAGACCUCAGUCCAUAGUGAAAAAGCAAAUCAGUGUUAUGUGCAAGAAGCAAGGAAGGUUCCUUACUUACAGUUUCUGGUCACUGAGCCAAGUCAGGUCCACUCCCCCUCUCCUCCUCAUUACAGGCUGAGUGAAAGAAUUUGUGAACUCACAGGGACUAUCCUGCAUGAUGUUAGUGAAAAGGGACAGAUACAAGUGUCACCAUGAAUUUGCUGCACACUGCUUAGAUGAGGGUGACUGACCAGCCUUCAGCAGCAGGAACAGACCAGACCAAAGACACUGGUAAUGACCAGCCCUAUCCAUUAAUGAAAGUAUCUACUUUCUAAUGCCAAAGCUUUUCUGUUAUUCAGAUGACUUGGUAGAGAUGCAAUAUGGACGUGCAGAGGUGAUACCUUGUAUCAGUCAGACCAGUUGAUUGGAAAAAAGGACAAGCUUUUGGACACAGAAAACCUGUUAGGGACAAUGUGUUUCUUUCUCCAGCUGUAUCUGUUGAUUUGAUAAAAGAAUUCAGCUCAUCUGGUCAGCAGAACCACAGAUGUGAAGCAGCCUAACUGGGAGCUGUGUGCAAAGGCUUUGCUGCCUUUCUACCAUGGCUUCAGCAAUGUUUUGGGGGAUGAAAGCAUCACAGCGUCCAGCUCCUCUACACCAGAUGACAACAGCAGAUGCCCCUGAAGAAAAGGAGGGUGAAGAGAGCUCUGGCUGCUGCUGAGACCGUUCUAGCUUAUCUCUGGCCUGGUCAUUAUCGGAGCGUGGGGAGUUUAAGGUGCUGAACUGAUCUCACUCAGGUCUUGAUAUCUGGCACUCAAAGAGGUGUGUUUGGGACACGCAGAAGGGAGACAUAAAUCACCUAUUGUUGUCUUUCCAAGCAGAGGAGUUGCCAGGCAAACCAAAGAGAGCAAACUAUGCCUUGAAGACUGUUAACUGUUAAAUAACCACUGACGUAGAAGAGCAAAUGGUGUCUGCUCCCACAGAAGACACCUGGGACUGGAGAGAAUGAACUGAGAUGUGGGCUCCCAGGACUGCCUCUGAUAUGGCUGAACGUUCUGGAGAAGAUGGAUCUACUCUGUGACUUUGUCUACCUCAUCCUGAGCACUGGAACUUGGAUUUUACUCUCGCUCGUCCUUCCCAUGCAGACUCUUGCUGUGCGCAUCUUUUGUUUUUGGCGUUCUUGCUGAGACAGUUAUUCAACUCGUUGGCCCCCUUCAUCCACCAGCCGGUCGUGGGUUCUUCUUCGUCACUGCAGGAUGCCACCUGCUGCCUGUGCCUGCCAUCGCACUUCUUCCACAGGUGGGCUCCAGCAGAGUCCUCACUGGAGAUGCCAUAUUAUCCUGUCUACUUGGAGAUGCCAAUCACUGCCUACUUCUCCACUGGGAUGCAAUGACUCCCUCCCUAUCUCCUUGCUGCAACAAAGACAGUUACAGUUUUCAACGGCC